AGUGAUCUCCCUUCUAAGAGCUCUUUUGACCGGUUUCGUUUGUUUCGGUAUGGGGAAUGUUCAUGCAAAGGCUCCUACUGAGCCAGAGCUGAAAGGAGUCAAGACUUCGUCAGCUCCAGCUGCAAAGAAGGAUGAUAUUUUUGUCAAGUUUGACAAAUUACCAGUUCGUGUUCAAAGAGUUGUUGUUGAUGGCCUCACACGAACCAAAGAUGACAUUAUCAUCAAAGAAGUCAAACCACUUUUAAGUGCCAAAACAUUUGAUGAGCUGGUGCAGCUCAGCUACAAUGCCAAAGUCAAGAUGGAGAGGCUUGGCCUCUUCAAAAAUGUCGUCAUUGCCUUUGACGUUAGCAAAGACAAGAGAGAAAAUGGUUAUGAGGUGCUGUUUGAGGUCAGUGAGUUCAGGAGGGUGAGGUCUGGCGGAAUCCACACAGAAAUCUCCAACAAUGAUGGCAGCCUUAUUCUCGGGAUGCAGAUGCCCAAUAUUUUUGGUCGGGGGGAAAAGCUCGACCUACAUUACAUAAUCGGCACAAAGAGAACACACGGCUACAAGGCACACUUGAAAAAGCCGCUGAAUAACAACCCAGACAUUUACAUGGGAGCCCUAGCCUUCCAGUCUCACGGAGAGUAUCCAUGGAGCGGAUACAAACAGACAGACAGGGGCUUUGCCCUUGACCUAACGUUCCCGACUAUGUUUGGAUCCCACAAUCUCCAGUGGGAGGGGGUGUGGCGAGACUUGCGGGCUUUGUCUCGGGAAACAUCCUUCUCCGUGCGGGAACAGGCUGGACACAGCCUCAAGUCCAGCUUAAAGCACACUUUCUCCAUCGACACACGAGAUGAUCGUAUCUUGCCCACCACAGGAACGCUAUGGCAGACGUGUCAGGAGUACGCCGGCAUUGGAGGGAAUGUUGAAUUUGCCAAGCAAGACGGAACUUUCCAAUGGAACACGUCCUUAAUAUGGGACACAAUCUUCCAGGUCUCUCUUGCUGGUGGUGUCAUGCGACCUCUUGACCCCAAGGCAUCUGUGAAUAUUAAUGACCGUUUCUUCCUGGGUGGCCCUCUCACCUUGCGGGGAUUUAACCUCCAUGGUUGUGGCCCUCAUAGUCACGAGUGAAUCCUGGUCUCCAGUUUGGCAUAGGAAUCAACUUCUUGUAGGACAACGCCUUGCCUAUCCACUGCCUAUGUACAGUAAUGGGAGGAUGUGAAAUGAUUAUAUUAUACUGUUAAUUAAGGAUUAUACGAGAUAGACCUGCUUGAAACUGUUUUGUUAUUCUUCUGUUUUCCAUUGGCCUGAUUGUUUCUGGAUGUGAUUGGUCUUCAGCGAGAGAUGUCGGUGUGUGUGUGUGUGUAUCUGUGUGUGUGUGUGUGUGUGUGUAUCUGUGUUUUUGAGAGAUAGUAACACAAAAGUUGGUUUGCUCCCAGGAAUUUGUUGCGUAUGUUGUCCUGGCAACCCACAUCUCUGAUUCUGAUCCUGCCAGUUGUGAUUUUAUUUUUAUGAUUUUAGUUUAAAUGGUUGCAAGAAGGAAGAGAAUUUUGAUGGCCUGGGCACAAGCAAUGACUUUGAAAAGAUCAGCUGUGUAGGAGAAAAUCUUUUUUUUUUUUAAAGCCACUAUUUAAUUAUUAAAGAUUUGUAGUGUGAUCACAUAAAUAUAUUUAAAUAAAAAUUAUAUAUUUUUUUGCUUCUAAGGCCAGCAGUUUUAGGAGUUAUGGAGAUUAUUUAGUUGAUUUGCAUGUCUGCUUUCAGUAAGAAUGGAGUCUCAGAUAUGGACAGUUUGUGCAAGAGGCCAUCUUAUGGGCAAGAUAGUUAUGCCGACUUGGCUGUGUGAUUUCUCUCUUUCAUAAUCCGCACACUUAUUAUAAGUAGAUACGAUGUAUUGUAUGAGUGCUGAAGUGAAUGUACGAUUGAAACGACAUGGGCUGUGCGUGUUUGAGGUGAAGGUUUCUGUUACUUUAAAGCAGCAUUUAGGUAUACUUAUAAACAGUGUGGGGGAUAGAGAAUGUAUUGUUUGUUUCCAACUUUGAUGAAUAAUUGAAGAACUGUCUGUAGCAUUUCUCCACUGACUGAACCAGGUAUGAAACACCCAAAUAAAAAUCUUUUGAUGAAACCGA